UUUGCAACGAAAAUGAAAUUUUAAACGUUGUUGACAUGUUGUGGUUGUUUUCCUCCUAAAGAGUGUUUGUUGACGUUGCGAUAGAAGUACCGGGGAAUAUUCUAUGAAUUGACAAGAAACAUAUGACAUUGCAUAUACAGGAAGGAGGAGCAAUGACUCAAAGAUAGACCACACCAAGCAGGCGCAGUGACAAAAAUGGAAUAAGGAGCCAGUUUACCAACAUUACCACGUUAGCUGGUGACAAUUUCACCUUACUCAUAAGAUAUUUCUGGCAGGCUUUGGUUCUUGUAUUCUUAACUGCUAUACAAAAGCACAAAUGAUUCACACCAGACGGGCUCCAAAUGGAGAGCCAAAAACACAAAGAAAGAAUCUUAGGAAAGCAAGGGUUCAUACAGGGACCUCAGUGCCUAAAGAGCAGAAUAUGAAUCAUAUGGAUGGAAUAAGCUAUUUAAUGAAUGGCACUAAAGUCAAGAUUUCUGUAUCACCAAGGGAGAUGUGGAAGAAGCAUUUGGAAGACAGUUCAGUCACAGAAAAUUUCAUCCCAGAUACAACUAGAGUUGAGGAAACAGCACACUGUUCUGAGAAAUUUCUUGAGAUGUCAAAUUCUGGUCAGUAUCUUUUGGCACAUAUGAGGGAGACUUCAAGAAUUUCCCCUGGAUCAGAUGGUUCAUCCUCUUUAUCAGAUAAUAGUCAUCAGCUCAAAACCAGUUGUAAGAGAGGUCAACUUUCAAAUUCAAAUAAUGAGGAACAAACAAAUUCAAAGAAUGCAAUUGAUUACAAUGUUGAUACGGACAUACACUUAAGGAAGAAAAAGAAACCACGAACAAGUGGCAGAAAACCACAAAUAUAUGAUGACGCACUUGACAUAAGCGAACACCAUACUCAGACAAGAAGAGAAGGAGAGAUGAGUAAUAGCAUGGAAUCAUCAGAUACUAGUUUUUCCAAAAAUAAAACACCAGAACAUAAACUCAAGAAGAAGAAAUAUGCAGUAAUAAAGCAGGAUUUAUUUGAUAUAACAUCACCUACUGUUUUACAUCAGACGAAGCAACUUAUGAAAGAUACUUGGAAGAAGACUGGUAAUCUUAAUGUAGAUCCAGAAAUCACCAAGAGUUGUGACCAACCAAAAAUAUUUGAAUCAAGAUCAAGUGCAGACUCUAUUUUGAAUGUGAGACCAAAAAAUGCAUUGAGGAAGAAGGUGCCAAGGCCUCAUGGGAAAAAUCCUUAUGAAUCUCUGAUGGGUACCAGCAAUAACGUUGAUCCUAUAGCUGAAUUAGAAAAUAAAACUGGAAAUGUUUCUUCAGGAUCAGCUAGUAGCAUUGCUCCAGUACCUAAAAAUGUCAGAUACAAUUUUAAGCAGAUACAUCUGAAGCGUUGUAUGUUUGAUUCAGUAGUUGAGAAUCCUGUUGCUGAGGAUUCUGUUCGGAACAUGCAGGCGAAUGUAGAUGACCCAUGUACCAGUGAGCAACAGAAUAAAGAUAUUUCUGCUGAAAUGGAUGUUCGAAAAGCUCCUGCAUUUGCCAAAAUUGUUGGCAAAAGAAACAAAAAACAUUUUCAGCCUAAUUACUCUGAAUCAGUUGUUGGAAAUAAUGAUGGCAGUGCUGAGCAAAAUAUUGAGAAGCAGAACAAUGAUAUUGCCUUGGCUGAGAAUUAUACUGAAAAUACAUUGGCAGCUAGUAUUUCUGCAGAAAUGGAUGUUCUGAAAGCUCCUGCAUCUGCUAAAAUCAUUGGCAAAAGAAACAAAAAACAUCUUCAGCCUAAUUACUCUGAAUUGGUUGUUGGAAAUAAUGAUGAAAGUGCUGAGCAAAAUAUUGAGAAGCAGGGCAGUUAUAUUGCCUUGGCUGAGAAUUAUGCAAAAAAUACAUUUGCAGGUAGUAUUUCUGCAGAAAUGGAUGUUCUGAAAGCUGCUGCAUCUGCUAAAAUCAUUGGCAAAAGAAACAAAAAACAUCUUCAGCCUAAUUACUCUGAAUUGGUUGUUGGAAAUAAUGAUGAAAGUGCUGAGCAAAAUAUUGAGAAGCAGGACAGUUAUAUUGCCUUGGCUGAGAAUUAUGCAAAAAAUACAUUUGCAGGCAGUAUUUCUGCAGAAAUGGAUGUUAUGAAAGCUCCUGCAUCUGCUAAAAUUGUUGGUAAAAGAAACAAAAAACAUCUUCAGCCCAAUUACUCUGAAUUAGCUGUUGGAAAUAAUGACAAAAGUGCUGAGCCCACUGUUGAGAAACAGCACCGUGAUAUUGCCUUGGAUGAGAAUUAUGCCCAAAAUGGAUUGGCAGCUAAUACAAAGGAAAGUGUAGAAGUUUCUGCUACAAAUUUAUUUAUAAUGAAGGUACUUGGAAAGAAAAUUGAUCCAGUGUCACCACACACAUUCGAGCUUUCAGGAAUGCAGGGGGAUUCACAUAAAAAUCAUAACUUAGAAGGUAGUAGACAAACAAAUGAUGGGGACUACAACCACUCAGUUGAUAUAUUAGUUAAAAGAAAAGCCUUCCAUGGCCUCAAACAUACCUCUGAAUAUGAUUGUCACACGUUACCUGAAUUUGGCAGACCAGUGGAGUCACCUAGUUAUUCUCUUACAAUCUCUAAAUUCAAACCAAAAAUUACAUCUUCUAAGAUCGUUGUGGAUAAAGAUGAGAUUAUAGAACAGUGUCCACCUACUCUGGCUGCACUUCAGCAAGAGGCAACAUCUAACAUGUUAAAAGUAACUCAUAAAGAGAAACAAACGUAUCAGUCAGAUAACCCCAUUGCUCACCAGCCAAGAGUUUCAGAUCAUGAGAGUGAGGAAACUAAGUGUAAGGAAAGAAAGAAAUGUUAUAAUAGUGUUUGUGACAACACUCUGUCAUCAGAUUUAACAUUUGAUCCAGACAAUGUACCACAUUCAACAAUGGUGAAAUCAAGCAGUAAGAAGGAACAUCCACCUUCUGCCAUGCGCAAAAUAGAGACUAAAACGAGAAGGAGCCUGGCAGCUUCAUUUCUGGAGUUAGCGCAUGUUUCCACAGAAAGUAGUGAAACAGUUAGUUCAGGGACAGAGAAGGCAGGUAUCAGAAAUAAUAAUUUCACAUUAAAUGGCAGGGAAAGUGGAAAUGAACCAACUAUUGAAAGUAAAAUAAAUGACAAUGGAAUGAAACACAGUGAAUUAGAAACAAAUGAGCAUCACUCAAAUACUGUAAGAAAGGAUGCCAGUUUUGCUAACAAAAUUCCUGUGCCAGAAAACUUAGAUGCUGUGUCAGACCACAAACCCAUUACAGAAAGCAUUCCCUCAAAUGUUUUGAAUUUCCUAACAUCAAACUACAGGACAUCAGAACAGUCUGCUGGUGAUAAUGAUGUUAGUCAAGUGUUCGGACAUAUGAGAAACAAAACUAAAAGCUUGGCAAAAAGUAGAUCCAUAAAUUCUCAAUACGAAUUAAUCAAUGCAGACAGUAAAAAUGAGAAGAAAAAGCAAGGAAACAAUAAAAGUGCUCCUGGUGAACUUGCAAACUCUCCUGAUCAUAUUGUAUUCCAAAAAAUAAUUAAGCCUCAAAAUAUGGGGUGUGAUACCAAACAGAGUGUAUCUUUGCCUGGUAUGGGAAGCAUUUCUUCAUACUCUAAUAGUAAAGCACAAGAAAAGUGUGACAAUCAUGCUGAAAUUGACCAGAUAUCUCCAUUUAACACAUUUGCUCAGAAAAUUUGUAAUUCAGAAGUUGAAGAGCUUAAUCUGAGAAAGAGUGACAAAGCAAGUUUGAGAGCUGAGAGGAGAAAGUCUUCAAAUUAUUCUUAUGUGGCAGUUUCAUCUAGUAAAUUGAUUGAGACAGAUGUUUCAACUAGCAAAAAAGGCAGUAACGUGAGGAGUAUCACCAAAAUGACAGAUGCUUUCAUAGAAAAUAAAACAGAUUAUGCUGUAGCACCUAAUUUUAGUGAGGAACACUGUACAUCGAAAGGAACACCAGAAUUAAGAGAAUUAUCUUCUCCUUCUCUGUCAGCAUCUCAUAUAAAUAAUACAUCUCACAAGGAAAACUUCUCCUUGAGCAUUAAAAACAGCAGUGAAGUAAGAAAAAAUGUGAACAAAAAUUCAGCAGCUAACAAUGUGUCAAAUGCUAAAAUUGUUAUCUCAGAUUCACCUCGUUUCUCUAAAGCAAAUAAUGGUAAAGGGCAUGAUGAGUACUUGAAAGACAGUUUCCACAGAAACAGACAAACCGAAAAUGAGAAACAAAGUUUUACUGACACCCAACCACAACUGACAGAUGACGAUGAUGCAAAUGGUGCAGAAGGAGAGACAUCAAUGGUUAUCGGAGGGUUAAGAGAAUUGACUACACCACCUCGCUCAGCAUCUCAGAUAAAUACAUCUCACAAGGAAAACUUCUCGCCGAACACUGAAAACAGCAGUAAAGUGAGAAGUAAGGAAAACAACAAAAAUUCAAUAGUUAGCCCUCUUUCGAAUGCUAAAAUAAUUCACUCAGUUUCAUCUGGUCUGUCUAAUGCAAAUAAUGAUAAAACGCCAAAUGAUGACCACUUCAAAGACAGUAUAAAUAGAAACAGCCAAACGAGAAGUGAGAGACGAAGUUAUGCGGACAACCAUCCACAACCAGUGGUAGAUAAUGAUGCAGAUGGUACAGAGGAGGAGAGACCAAUGAUUAACACAGCGCCUCUGGAGGAAAGUAAAUGUAUUAUUCACCAGAAAAAAUCGGAUCUCAGGCAAACUCAUGGUAAACCAACAGUACAUGCUCGUUUCUUGAUUGACGGUGAACCGUAUCACAAACCUAAACUGGCACGUCCAAAGCCUUGGAUUAAUCAGAGAUUUUAUAAUCAUAUUUUACCAAAAUUUGACAGAAAAUUUGGUCUUAAUAGUAGUGUAAAGUGUGAAGAGUUUGUAAAAGUACUUUGUACCGAAGUUACGGCUUGCAUUCGUGAAAGAAAAAAUUGGGAUGUACAUGUAUACAGUGUACAAAAGUUACUCAGAAAAUACUUAUCAGUAAACACUUAUGCACACUUCCUUAUAUUUGGGGAAAAAUAUUUACCAGAUGAGUUUAUUUUCAAGAAAAAUCCAUGUGCAAUAUUUCAGCUGUUGGCUUGCACUGGAAGCUGCUAAAAAAAUGAUGAAAAAUGACUUUUCACAUGUGAGUUCUGCACCUGAAACUAUCUAAGCAUACAUCCCUGAAAUCCAUGGAACCCACAGAAAGUGGUCUCUGGGAUUUGGAAAGAGGUUAGAUAUGCAUUGCACAUAAUUAAAUUGUGAUACAGUGAAAUGACUUUACUAUUUCAGUGCCAAUUUUAACUAUAAACUUAACAUUAUGAACUAAAACAUUAAAUUUGAGUUUCUCUGCAGGUAUUCUUCAGUGGAGUAGAAAUAGUUGCCUAACAGAAAGUUCUUUCACUCUUCAGCUCCACCAGCUGAUUAGAUGACAUUCAAUGUGCUCUGGUUGUUGAUAGUGUAUGUACCCAAGUACCUGUAAAUUACGUCUGUGAUCUAUGUGUAGUUCUAAAAUGUAACAAUACAUUCUGCUUCUUGGA